AAAUCACCGUUUAAAUGAAAUACCAUCUUUUACAUACUUCGAGAUUAAAGGAAGCGAGAGAUGCAUUUGAGUGGCACUGGAUAACCUCGCAUCAUUUGAUAUAUAUUAAAGAUGUCUGUGCAACAAGCCGCAGGACACCUAUAGAAGCGGUCAGUCAUGCAUUCUUGAAAGGUCAAAUUUGAGGUGAUCAUUUAACGAUUGAAUGCUCGUGCAGUUUGCGCGAGAUGCGACAAGUUUGGUGCAUUGAUCCAUGGCUAGCAUUCAGUGCAGACCUUUCUGUAUUCAUACCAAAGAACUUGGUUCAGUUGACCGAGAAAAGGGAAUUGGAAGUAAAGAGACCCCUCCUACUGCGCGGGAAACUAAAAUCCCAAUUUUACAACGCAUCAGCGAUGCUAUUACUGGUGGUUUAGAGAGAACAUUCUACAGACUGGGUAAAAGCGUUGGUUCAAAACCUUGGAUUACAAUCAUCGUAUCGCUUAUAUUAAGUGCUGUAUGUCUACUUGGUUUGUUGAACUUUCAAAAAGAAGGCAGGAUAGAAAAGAUGUGGGUUCCUGAGAAGUCUCAAGCUUUAAAAGACAAAGUUUGGGUUGAAGAAAGAUUUCCGGAGAAAUUUCAUAGUUCUGUUCUUAUCUUAAAACAUCGUAAUGUACUCACAGUUGAAACUCUGAACAAGAUGAUGGAAAUUCAUUCUCGUAUUAUAAAUAUCACCAUACUAUACGAAGGAAAGAAAUUAAAUUGGCAGAAUAUGUGUUUCAAGAUUGGAGAUAAAUGUGCAAUGCAGGGAAUUCUUGAAUUGUGGAUGUUUAACAAGGCAAAUCUUGAGAAUAAUUUGACCAAUGGAGACAUUCUUUCUGAGGUUAAGAAAAGACCAACCUUCAGUCCGUAUUCAAACAGACCGUUCAGUCUAGAACGAGUUGUUGGUGGAAUAUCAUAUGAAAAUGGAAAUAUUUCUAGUGCGAUAGCUCUCAAGGCAUCCUAUGCCAUCGAGUCCAGAUUGGAAUUGGAUAAAUCUUCGAGAGAAGAAGUCGACAAAAGAGCGAUAAUGUGGGAGAAGGAAUUUGCUAACAUUUUGGAUGAAUACCCUGACGUAGUGUAUUACACCCACACAAAGUUUCAAGCAACAUCACAGGGCGCAAUUAAGAACGAUAUAAAACUCUUGAGUAUUGGUUACAUCUUAGUCAUUGCCUAUGUUGCUCUUGUUAUUGGAAAGUUUACCCGACUGGAAAUAAAGGUAUGGCUGGCAUGUGUCGGUGUGUUUGGUGUUGCAAUGUCAAUUGGUGUGGCUGUAGGUCUCUGUAGUGCCAUGGGAUUGCUGUUUGGGUCUGCUCAUUUAACUUUACCUUUUCUUCUGCUUGGUAUUGGCGUCGAUGAUUUAUUUGUAAUCGUUCAGUCUUGGUCCAACAUCUCCUCUGCUGUUCAUCGCAGUAGAUCAAUUGAAGAGAGGAUUGGUAUUGCAGUAAAAAAUUCGGGAACAUCAAUAACUGUGACAACUGUUACUGACGUGUUAGCUUUUCUAAUUGGAGGAACAACUAUUCUACCUGGCUUAAAGUCAUUUUGUUUUUACGCAGCCGUUGGAAUUCUUUCAGGAUAUUUAUUUCAACUUACGUUCUUUGUUGGAUGGUUGACAAUUGACGCCAGAAGGCAGAGCCAAAAUCGUGAUGGAUGUCUGAAUUGUGUCAUACUAUCGUCUAAUUACACUCCAAAUAAAUUUGGGACGGUGGAAUACGCACGUCUUUUCUUUGAGAAAAUAUACGCAAGAAUUUUGACAAAAUUGCCAGUGAAGAUCAUUGUUUUGCUGCUUGUUGCCAUCUUUCUGGGUGUGAAUAUCACAGGAAGUUCAUUGCUGCGUCAGCAUUUUGAACCUAAAUGGAUUAUACCACGUGACUCAGUUAUCAGACAAUAUUUAGAAAUUGACGGAGAGGAGUUCCCGCAUAACGGAAAUCCAGUUGCUAUUUAUACUGGUAAAAUGGAUUAUUACGAAGAACAAAUAAAGCUGCAUAAUCUUUACAGUGAACUUCAAAAUGAGACUGAGGGUUUAUCCAGUAAUAGUGUUGAGAGUUGGUAUGAGGAAUACGUGAAAUGGAUGAAACAAAAUAAACCAGAAUAUGUCGAUCUCACCAACUCAACGAUUAAUAAUCGAGAAGCGUUCUAUUAUAACCUGAAAGUAUUUCUCAAUCAAACCGAAGGAAGGAAGUUCGCCAGUCAUAUCAAGUGGAAUGAUGCAGGAGACGGGAUUGAGGCCUCGCGUUUCUCAGCGCUACAACGUAAUUACGCUGACUCCGUGGAAGAGGUGAAAGCAAUGGACUCGUUAAGAAAUCUGGUGAAGAGCAUUAAAAUAUCCCCUAAAGCGAGAGUGUAUGGAUUUUCCUACUUGUGGGCUGAAAGUUACAAGGUUAUAGCGACAGAGUUGUACCGAAAUGUUCUUCUUGCCAUGUUGGUCGUAUUUUUUGUAACGUUUCUGAUUAUUGCCAAUCCUCUAACGUCAUUUCUCGUCUUUCUUUGUGUUGUUUUUACCAUUAUUAACGUUGCUGGUCUGAUGUAUUAUUGGGGUUUAACCAUCGAUGUUGUAUCAACCAUCAUUUUGGUGAUUGGUGUUGGUUUGUCUGUUGAUUAUGCGUCACAUGUUGGACAUUCUUACUUGGUUCAAACUGGAAGCUCAAAUGAAAGAACAACAAAGUCGCUACGCAGCAUUGGUCCUGCCGUGUGGAAUGGUGGAUUUAGUACAUUCCUUGCAAUUGUACUUUUACCAUCUUCUGAAUCUUAUGUCUUUAUAACUUUCUUUAAAGUUUUAUGUGGAGUCGUAAUAUUUGGCUUAUUUCACGGCCUGGCAUUCCUGCCAGUGAUGUUGUCCAUUCUCUCUCCUCCUCCGUAUAAAUCCGCUUUGGAGAACACAAGCAGUUGGCCGGAGGCCUGGAGUGGAUCUCGUCGUGCUGCUAAAGUGAUACCCUUGCAAGUGAAGCCAAGUGAUGCAGUGAGAAAAGACGAUACAAAUAACAACAAGAAUGAUUGCAUGGAAGGCAAAUACUAA